AUGGAUCUCUCCGACGUGCUCACCAAAGGCGCGCUGCGCCAAAUCAGCGAUAACGACCUCCAAACGCCGGAGCCCAUCGUUCAGUGCGUGCAGAUCAAGCCCAUGGCCAACCAGAACGGAGUCGAGCGCUUCCGCGUGGUGAUGAAUGAUGGGGUGAACUUCAUGCAGGGCAUGCUGGGACAGCAAAUCAACUACGUGAUCCACAACGACCUGCUGAAGAGGGGCAGCAUCUGUCGCCUCAAGCAGUUUCAGCCAAACUUCGUAAAGGACAAGCAUAUCAUCAUCAUCCUCGACUGCGAUAUCCUUGAAGAGUAUGGGCAGCCGGAGAAGAUCGGACAGCCGGUGGCCAUCGAGGCGAAGGCAGAAGGAGGAGAGACCAAGCCGCAGCCAGACAACAUCCAAGGCAACGGAUUCUACGGGAACAAGCCACAACAGCAGCAGCAGCAGCCCCAACAGCAGCAGUCGCUGCCUUCUCGUUCGGCUGCUAAUGGCCUCGCCAACUUCUAUCCCAUCGCAGCUCUCUCCCCUUAUGCGCACAAGUGGACCAUCAGAGCGAGAUGCACACACAAGGGCGACAUCAAAACAUGGCACAACAAGAACGGCGAGGGCAAACUGUUCAGCGUCAACUUCCUGGAUGACUCUGGCGAGAUUCGAGCGACUGGCUUCAACGACGCUGUUGACCAGUGGUACGAGGUUUUGCAGGAGAACAGCGUGUACCUCGUCUCCUCGCCAUGCAAAGUGCAGCUUGCCAAGAAACAGUUCUCCAACGUGAACAACGACUACGAGCUCACUUUCGAAAAGGACACCCUCAUUGAGAAGGUGGAGGACACCGAAGGGGUUCCAAAGGUCUCGUUCACCUUCGUCCCCCUUGCCGACCUCUCGACUGUGGAGAAAGACAACACGAUCGAUUGUAUUGGCGUGCUUCAAGAGAUUGCAGAGGUGUCGGAAAUCGUGUCAAAGACGACGGGCAAGCCGUACAGCAAACGCGAACUCACUCUGGUCGACAACACGGGCUACAACGUCCGCCUCACCGUCUGGGGAAAGACGGCGUCGACUUUCGAAGCACAGCUAGGGUCUGUGGUGGCAUUCAAAGGGGUCAAGGUCUCUGAUUUUGGUGGCCGCAGCUUGUCGCUUCUCUCCUCCGGUAGCAUGACCGUCGAUCCGGACAACGAGGAAGCGUAUACCCUCAAGGGCUGGUAUGAAGGCAGCGGGCGCAACGAGCAGUUCCAGUCGCAUGCCAAUACCAUGUCGACGGUCAACGCCAUGUCGGGAGGCGACAGGAACGCGACCAAGACGAUUGCACAGAUCAAGGACGAAGAGCUGGGCAUGCGCGAGGACACGGACUGGUUCAGCCUGAAGGCCACGAUCAUCUACAUCAAGCAAGACAGCGUCUCCUAUCCCGCCUGCCGCUCGGAAAACUGCAACAAGAAAGUGGUCGAGGUGGAGACUGGACAAUGGCGCUGCGAGAAGUGUGAUAUGACCUUUGACGCUCCCGAACACCGAUACAUCAUGUCCAUCAACGUCUCGGACCACACGGGGCAGAUUUGGCUGUCGGCUUUCAACGAGACGGGCGAGCAAGUGAUGGGCAUGAAGGCGAACGACUUGGUGACGUUGCGAGAGGAGGGAGAGGAGAAGAAGGUGGCGGACACGUUCAACGAUGCCCUGUGCAAGACGUACAUCUUCCGGUGCAAGGCCAAGAUGGAUACGUUCGGGGACCAACAGCGUGUGAGGUACCAAGUGCAGUAUGCGAAGCCGCUGGACUUUACAUUCGAGUCGAAGAAACUGGCGGAUUUGAUCAAGGAGUACCACAUCGAUGACAACUCGCUCUUUGUGAGUUGA